UUCCCUUGGCAGAAAAGCGACAUGUGCUACAGUGGGACAGUGACAUCGCGUACCGGAAAGGAUCACCAAAAAUCUGGGUACCCAAUUACCCUCCUUUGCGCCAGUUACUACUCGAAGAAUACCACGACGUCCUGUACGCCGGACACUUCGGUAGCAACAAGACGCUCACCGGUAUCGCCAAACACUACUACUGGCCCCAUAUGGCAGACGACGUCCAGAAAUUUGUCACCUCGUGUGAUACAUGUCAGCGGAUGAAGAGCAGCAAGCAGAAAAAGGCGGGACUACUGCAGCCUCUUCCUGUCCCAGAACAACCAUGGCAAGUGGUUAGCCUAGACUUCAUCACCGGGUUACCACCUACCUCCAGCGGUCAUGACGCCAUCCUUGUCGUCAUUGACAAGUUCUCCAAAAUGGGACACUUCAUCCCGACACACACGACGGCACGCACCGAGGAGACGGCACAGCUCUUCGUUCGUCACAUCAUCUCACAGCAUGGCAUCCCAACCACACUCAUUUCCGACCGAGACCCCAAGUUCACCAGCAAGUUCUGGAAGGAACUUAUGUCUCUUCUCGGGACCAAACUCGCCAUGUCAUCCGCAUACCAUCCGCAGACAGACGGACAGACCGAGCGCCUCAACCAAAUUGUUGAGCAACUCCUCCGAGCAGCCUGCAAGGACGACAUCUCCAAAUGGGACUUACACCUUCCCGUACUCGAGUUUGCUUACAACAAUGCCACACAUGCCGCUACUGGACAGACGCCGUUCUUCCUCUGCUACGGACGACACCCACUCACACCACAGAAACCGACAGCAUCAGCUAUAGUCCAACCAGCACAUGAUUUCAUCACAACCAUGCAUCAGCUUUGGGAUCGGACCCACAAGCGCCUACUCGACAUUCAACAGCAACAGAAGCGCCAAGCCGAUCGCCAUCGCAACGACCACACCAUUUUCGUGGGAGACCAGGUUCUCCUUGACACCCGCAACCUGGACAUCAGCCAUCUCCCAUCUAAACUUCGACCUCGCUUCUGCGGACCUUUUCUCGUUGAAGCACAGGUCACUCCUGUUACCUUCCGCUUACGCCUGCCAGCUACCUGGAAGAUUCACAACGCCUUCCAUGUCCAACUUCUGAAGCCCUAUCGGGAUCCUAACACGAUCUUCGUGGGACGUCAGCCGCCGCCGCCGCCGCCCGUCCUCGUCCAGAACGAACCCGAGUACGAGGUCGAGUCCGUGCUUGCACAUCGUCGUCGUCGGAAUGGCACCGUGGAGCUUCUCAUCCGUUGGAAGGGUUAUGAUCCUUCUGAGGACAGCUGGGUACCUGAGUCCGACAUGGGUAACGCCCGUCGUCCUCUGCAUGACUACCUUGUCAAGCAGGGUGUUACUUCUACCACCCAGCUUUGAGGGGGGGAAGUGUGAGAGUAC